AUGUCAAUGUCAUCAAUACGUUUGUUUGAGAAAAAUACGUAUACGUACUCAAAGACGAUAAAUAAUUUCAUUCGCGCGAAAUAUAUAUUUAUUAUUUCAAUUACAUUAUAAAGUAAACAUAGCAAUAAUAGUAGAAUAGCUAUAAUAUAAAUAAGACGAAAACGCAAACAGAAGUGUCUUAAAAUGAGGAUUAUAUUUAUUCACAAUAUAGCUUAAAAUUUUUAAGAAUACCAUAGUAACGAUGGGUGAUUUAUAUAUUGCAGUAGUAUGCUCUUCUAACAUGAACCGGAGCAUGGAGGCCCACGCUUUUCUAGUAAAAAAGGGCUUUAAAGUAAAAUCAUAUGGCACAGGUGAAAAGGUUAAGUUGCCUGGUGCAUCAGCGGAUCGGCCGAAUUGUUAUGAAUUUGGCGUUCCAUAUGAUGACAUCUACAACGAUCUCUUAGAAAAAGAUAAAGCCUAUUAUACCCAAAAUGGAUUACUACACAUGUUGGACAGAAACCGGAGAAUAAAACCGUCCCCUGAGAAGUUCCAAGUGUCAGUUGAACGUUUUGAUGUGAUAAUAACAUGUGAAGAGCGAGUCUACGAUCAAGUAAUUGAGUGGUUUGGUUCAAGAAGGUCUGUGUACAACCAGCCAGUCCAUGUUGUGAACAUAGAUAUUCAGGACAACCAUGAGGAAGCUACUAUCGGAGCGUUCUUGAUCAGUGACAUGGUGACAAAAAUGGCCCAGAGUGAUGACUUGGACAAUGAUAUAGAUGAAUUGUUGCAUGAGUUUGAGGCAAAGUGCCACCGACCAAUACUGAAUUGUAUUAUGUUUUAUUGACUAAUACUCAUAUCAAGAUGAUUGCCUCAAAUGUUUAUUUAUAUGGGCCUUGCUUUAAUGUGAUUCCCAAAUAAUUUUCAUAUGUGCCUCCAUAACCAAGUACUGCUUUCCAAGAUUGACUAGCCAGAUAGUACAUGUAUUUUGACUGUAAAAUAGUACUUAUUGAUUAUUUUCCUAAUGAAUUAUAACUGUAAUGAUAAUUUGUUUUUGUACAGCACUCAAUAAAACAAUUUUGUAAUUAAAA